AGGUAGCUAAUGUAGCAAUGUGGGGAGAGGAAGGAGAUUACGAGGGGUCUUAGUAAAAUUAGAGCAGGAGGGGAAGUGGGGUUCAGAGAAAGAGGGGGUGCUGGUCACAUAGGACCCUUUAAAAUAAGCGAGUCGCACAUUUAAUACGUUUCUCUCCCUGAACAGACGGUGUUCCUAGUGGGGUCAGGACACAUUUCUUGGGAUGGGGGAAAGAAAAGGGACCAACAAGUACUACCCUCCGGACUUUGAUCCUGCCAAGCAUGGAUCACUCAAUCGAUACAGAAACAGCCACCCCUUGCGGGAAAGGGCUAGGAAGUUAUCGCAAGGCAUCCUUAUUAUCAGAUUUGAGAUGCCCUACAACAUAUGGUGCGAUGGCUGCAAGAAUCACAUAGGAAUGGGUGUGCGAUAUAAUGCCGAGAAAAAAAAAAUGGGGAAUUACUAUACGACUCCCAUAUACAGGUUUAGAAUGAAGUGUCAUCUCUGUGUUAAUUACAUUGAAAUGCAAACAGAUCCAGCAAAUUGUGACUAUGUCAUCGUCAGUGGAGCACAACGUAAAGAGGAACGCUGGGACAUGAGUGAAAAUGAACAGAUACUUACAACAGAGCAUGAGCAGAAACAGAAACUGGAGACUGAUUCUAUGUUCCGUCUGGAACAUGGAGUGGCUGACAAAGAGAAGCUGCAGAAGGCUGUUCCUUCACUGUCUGAGCUGCAGGAAGUGCAAAGUACAUGGAAAGAUGACUUUGCCAUCAACAGCCUAUUGCGAAGCAAGUUCAGGGAGGAGAAGAAGUUGAUAAAGGAGGAGGAGGAACGAGAUCAAGCUUUGCUCAAGAGAGCUUCGUUAGACUUGAAGCUUCUCCCUGAGACAGAAGAGGACAAGAAACUUGCAGCUCUCCUCAGAUACCGGAGCGUGGAGUCAUAUGAUCAAAGACAGAAAAAAAAACGUUCGGAGAUAUGCAACCGCUCCUGGUUUUCCCAAGGUGCAGACGGCAAGCAACAAACAGCAGGAAGUACCUUGAAAAAAUUAGGAAUCCACCCCAAAUCUCCAUCAACCCCACUAACUCCUGGAACAGCAGCUCUUGCGCAUGGGCUUGUGCGGCGUGUUAUAAAAAGGGAUAAGGGUUCACAAUCUGAAGGGGGGUGUACGACAGAAGCAGCUGAGGGAGACCAUAGUGGAGAAUUGCCAAUGUGUAAAAACGAUCUGGGGCAGAGGGGCCAACCUCAUUCAGAGGAAGGACACAGUUCAACACAGGUUUUUGGGGCAACAACCACCCCUCCUGAUACAGAAAACCCUUCCGCAGUCCCGUCUUCCAUCUCGUGUCUUGUACCUGCGUAUUCUGAUUCCAGCUCUGGACCAGAGGACUAGUACUGCUGCACAGGAGGAUGUAGAAAAAAAAAAGACAAUGCCACCAGAAUAUGAUAUUUAUGUAAAUGUUAAGAAGCAGAAACAAGAAAUAAAUCUAAGUUUAUGAAGGUGGGGGUGUUUUUGGGCCAUGCUUUGGCAGUACACAACAGUACUCGUUCUGCGCAUGCGCAGACGGUUUUGUCCGUUCUGGGGAACUGUAAGCUGUUUCUGCGGAGUCGGUGGUGAGCUGAGUCCAAGCCUUGCUGGUUUUGGAGUUAGCGUUGAGCUACUUUUCAAAUACUCAUUGAUUGUUACCCCUUAAAGUAUUAAAACUGAAAAGGAGUGAGGACGGGAAUGGAAGCUGCCAUCGAAGCGGUUGGGUGGGAUCUCAAUUUAUGGGCCUGCGAGUGGUUGGAACGGAACGCUUUAAGCAUUACCCCCCCGUGAUGUGGCCCACGUUGCAGCCACUAACUUGCAUAUAGUUAAAGCCAUAGCUUGCUUUUUACAGCUGGGUCAAGUAAGUAUUUAAAGAUAGAGCCUCUAACAUGCGCCCUGAGUGAGGGGUAAUACUGUGUCGUUAUGGUAACGGGAGUACUUUGGUUUUACCGACUUAAUGAUCUUACCAUAAUAAAUGCUUACAUGUCAAAUUUU